AUGUUCACUCAGCUGGUCGCCUUGACGCUUGGCGCCUUGUCGUUCGCCAGCGCUGCGCCCUCUCGUCAGCAACUCUUCUCCGACGCGUCGUGCGGCACGGAAUUCGCGGCGCCCACCCACAAGGCAAAGCACCCGGAUGGCUUCAACAACGGUCCCAGACCCGGGACCUACGAAAUCACCGCACCAAAGUUCGGGUCCGCCCUUCUGCACACCUACCGGGUCGGGGAGCCCCUUGUGCUGAGCCGUGCUCUGCUAUUCCCGGGGCCUUACGGCCAGUACGAGCUGGACCUCACCGAUGAAAACACGAUGCGCCUGAAGCAUCUCGGCCACAACACAGCGGUAGUGGUCGAUGAGGACCGGUUCAUUUCGACCGCAUCCCAGUCUCGUCCACAUGAGUUUACCCUUGAAGCCGGUGACGAUGAGGGACAUUAUGUGGUUCAAUCUGCCCAAGGCCGCACGCGCGGCCUUGUCUGGACGCUCAACCCUGGUGACACGGCCCUCAUGUCUCGCAUUGUCUUGGCCCCAUUCAGGGGUCAGCCCUCCCAGUACUUCCAGUUUUCGGCGGUUGAGAGGUCUGUCCUUGGUCUGGAGCACCUCGCUGCCCACACCGGUCUGCGCGCACCCGUCGCUUCCCCGUUCUCCAAAGCCGGCCCUGUCUCUUCCGGAACCUACCGUAUCAUCGAUGGUCGCUUCGGUGGCCUCGUGCGCAGCUACAACGUCGGGCAGACCGCGUACACGACGAUCGGGCGGGACUUCCCCGGGGACUUUGGCGCGUGGAUCGUUGUCGGCGACGAACUCAUGGGCUACACCAUCGUCAACGCUGGCCAUCGACUCCCACUGGUGCUGACUGAUUCCAAGAACCUCGCGCCCAUCCCAGGCCGCAUGCCUGCUCGGUUCCGGUUCGUCUCCCGCAGCCAGGGGCGGGUCUCUGUCGCCUUGCUCGACGGUGAAGGGGUUUGGGGCGUGGACUCGAGCAAUGGCCCCAUGCAUGCCUCGAUCGAGAUCCAAUCCGAGAAGCGCGGUGAAAUCAUGCAGGAGUUCACGUUCGCCCCGAUGGACAACAUGUUUUGAACCCUUCGACAAUGCCACGCAUCGUGUAUGUAAAAGUGAAGCGCUUUCACAUUCCAAGAUGUUGGUCAAAUGUAAAUGUAAAUGAAUUUUGUUUUGAGAUAGCCGUGUUUCUAUCAUCGAUGUUUGACUGGAAGUGUGAUGAGGUAGCGGAUGU